UGAUGUUUCGUAUAAUCACACCCCAAUGCUCUUAUGUUAUUUCUUCUCUCAACCUUGGUGUCUUUCCGGUUUUGCUUUCUAUAAUACGACUUGAUGUAUGGAACGAAUCUCUUUUUCUUGUCUUUUUUUUCACCUUUCGAGGCUUACAAUUCUCCUUCUUUCUUCCUCCCUGUGGCGCGGGAGCUUCAGUGCACUUCUUCCGGCGCCUAUAUUCUUGAGAUUGCCUUUCUUUCCCUGCAAAGAACUAUCGCUAUGCUGGAUCUUAUAGGUUUCAUUUUCUGUUUCUCCCUUCUCGCUGUUCAUUUCCAUUUUUUCUAGAAUGUAACUAGUGGAGAGUGGACGAGGAAGCUCACGCCCUCGAUUCGGAAGGAAAGUGUACACAUACUGUCU